GCUGUGUGAUCCAUUUGGGGUCAACCAUCCAGAGAUGGGUUAUACUCUAACUGCAGAGUACUAUAAAGGGGUAUGAAGAUUUAGGCUUUUACCACCAGCAAGAACACCAGAGCAAAGAAAAGUCACCUUGAACUUUACACAUUGUUGUAAUAAAGUAGAAGGUUCUCAUUUUGAGCUCUGAAUCCCCAAGAAAACAAAAAAAUUUAACAUUUUGAGAUAGUAAUGGAAUCAGAAGAGGCUGUGUCAGCACCUUCAACGCCAAUGACACCGGGGACUCCCGGUGCUCCACUCUUUGGAGGGUUCAGGCAUGAGAGAGCUGGCAAUGGCAGAAACUCCCUUCUUAAGAGCUGCAAGUGCUUCAGCGUGGAAGCCUGGGCUUUAGAGGAAGGAAGCUUGCCUUCUGUCUCAUGCACAUUGCCCUCUCCUCCGGUUUCACUAGCAAGAAAGGUGGGAGCAGAGUUCAUAGGGACUAUGAUACUAAUCUUUGCAGGAACAGCCACAGCCAUUGUCAACCAAAAGACUCAAGGCGCUGAAACGCUCCUCGGCCUGGCUGGCUCCACCGGCCUUGCUGUUAUGAUUGUCAUUCUCUCCACCGGUCACAUCUCCGGAGCUCAUCUCAACCCUGCUGUCACUAUCGCCUUUGCUGCUCUCAAACACUUCCCCUGGAAACAUGUUCCAGUUUAUGUUGGGACACAAGUGAUGGCAUCAUUGGGGGCAGCAUUCAUACUAAAGGCAGUUUUCCACCCCAUAAUGGGUGGAGGUGUAACAGUUCCUUCUGGGAAUUACAUUCAAGCUUUUGCUUUGGAAUUCAUCAUCAGCUUCAUCCUCAUGUUUGUUAUUACUGCAGUUUCCACCGACACUCGAGCUGUUGGAGAGCUUGCAGGAAUAGCAGUAGGAGCCACUGUCAUGGUCAACAUACUUAUAGCUGGGCAAACAACCGGAGCUUCCAUGAACCCAGUACGAACUCUCGGACCAGCAAUAGCUGCAGGAAACUACAGAGCUAUAUGGAUCUACUUAACUGCCCCCAUCCUUGGUGCCCUUGCUGGGGCAGGUGUUUAUUCUGCAGUUAAACUGCCUGAUGAAGAUGGCGAAAAUCAACAAAAGCCCUCAGUUGAACACAGUUUCAGAAGGUGAUCCAUGAAAUCCUCAUUACACCUAAUAAAACAAAAAGGAAAAUUUCUAUGGUGCAAUGUGUGGACCACUGGACCAUACACACUUCCUUGGUAUCAUGUGUUUUUAACUUUGAUACUAUAUAGCUUUAGCAUUGGUACCAUCACAUUAUAAUUUGAAUAUUGUAAUAAAACUUCAAUCCUGUGGUAUAAAAACUAUAUUGCUGUGGUAUCAAAUA